AUGGAGCAGGAACUGCAGGAGGAAGGUGGAGCCACGGGCGGGAUGCAGCCACCGCCAGAGAUGCCAACAGCAGAGAGGAAAAUUGUUUUGCCUUCACUUCCCCCAACCUUUGACAGGAGAUGUUUCUCAGUGUCCUCCACCAAUUCACUCGUUUCAGAUUUCUACUCCACACUCUGGAUUUCAGGGUCUUAAUUAAUAGUCUUUUCUAUUGUCAGGUCCAGGAAAAAAACAAUUCCUGACAUUUAUAUCUGCAACCUGGCUGUGGCUGAUCUGGUCCACAUCAUGGGAAUGCCUUUUCUUAUUCACCAGUGGGCCCAGAGAGGAGAGUGGGUGUUUGGGGGGCCUCUCUGCACCAUCAUCACAUCCCUGGAUACCUGCAACCAGUUUGCCUGUAGUGCCGUCAUGACUGUAAUGAGUGUGGACAGGUACUUGGCUCUCGUCCAACCGUUUCUGCUGACGAGUUGGAGAGCAAGGUACAAGACGAUCCGCAUCAAUCUGGGCCUUUGGGCAGCUUCCUUUAUUCUUGCAUUGCCUGUCUGGGUCUACUCGAAGGUCAUCAGAUUUAAAGACGGCGUUGAGAGUUGUGCUUUUGAUUUAACAUCCCCUGACGAUGUACUCUGGUAUUCUCUGUAUUUGACAGUAACAACUUUCUUUUUCCCUUUGCCCUUGAUUUUGGUGGAAGCCCUGGUGUGCUAUAUUUUAAUUUUAUGCUAUACCUGGGAGAUGUAUCAACAGAAUAAGGUUGUCAAAUGCUAA